AUGUUUCGAGCUGUAGUUCUGUUGGGCUUGGCUGCUGUGUUGCUAGUCAAUGCUCGUCCUACAAACAUUCCCUGUGGUUUACCUUCAUUCGUGGAAAAAUUGAAUGAAACAAGUGCAAAUGAAAUCAAAGCUAUCUGGAAGGAUUAUAAGGAUGGAGAUGACUGUGAAGACCAACAGAACAAAACCUUCAAAGUGAUUUCCGGGAUCAGCAGACAAGAAAUAGAUGCUGUUUUCGCUGCUCCAAUAGUCGAUGUGUUCGAUGAUGUUCCAAACUUCAUCCGAUCUAUGUCUAUUGAACUACGCAAAGAAUUCGAUUCAAUUUGGAUGAACAGAGAUAUUUCUGAAGACGAAAGAUUGAACAAACUUGAGAAGUUGGCUUCUACAAAGUUCACAAAGGAUCAGAAAGUUGGUUUUGACACUUGGACUUCUCAGUUGAAAGACGCUCGUAAAGAAAUUGAAGAUAAGAUGAACAAUCUGUCGAAGGAAGCCAAGGAAAUCUUGAACGAGCUAACAAAGGUUCGUAAUGAGGAAAAGAAGAUUAUUAGCCGAAUUACGCCUGAAAUAGGAAAGGAACUUCAUGGACUCAUUUGA